AUGGCCACCCACGAAAAGGACACCGACAUUAACGAGCGGCAGCACGGCGAGCCGCUGUCGGCUGCCGACGCCGUCAAGGACAUCAAGUCGCCCGGUGUCGCCCGAGUCGAGGCGCUCUCCCAGUGCAUCACCUUUGUCGACCGCAUCUUCAUCUUCCUGGGCGUCUUCCUCGUCGCAUACGCCUACGGCCUCGACGGCACCCUGCGCUAUGCCUACCAGCCGACCGCGACCGCCUCUUUCGGCGUGCACUCGCUCCAGGCCACCGUCAAUGUGAUCCGCUCCGUCAUCGCCGCCGCCGCGCAGCCCACAGCCGCCAAGAUUGCCGAUGUCUUUGGCCGUGUCGAGCUCAUCUGCAUCUCCAUCGUCUUCUACGUUAUCGGCACCAUCGUCGAGGCCGUUGCCACCGACGUCGAUACCUUUGCCGGCGGCAGCGUCAUCUACCAGGUCGGCUACACCAUGAUCAUCCUGCUUGUCGAGGUCGUCAUUGCCGAUAUUACUUCGACGCGCGCCCGUCUCUUCUUCAGCUACAUCCCCGCCCUGCCCUUCAUCAUCAACACCUGGGUUAGCGGCGACAUUAGCGACGCUGUUCUCGCCAACACCACGUGGAAGUGGGGCAUUGGCAUGUGGUGCAUCAUCUAUCCCGUCUGCGCCCUGCCUCUCAUCAUCAGCCUCAUGGUUGUCUCGCACCGCGCCAAGAAGCGUGGUCUGCUCGUCAACUACCGCUCCUCCUUCCAGCAGCUUGGCUUCCGCAACCUCUCCCUCGAGCUCUUCUGGCUGCUCGACGUCAUUGGCAUCAUUCUCCUCAUCGCCGUCUUCGCCCUCAUCCUCGUGCCUCUGACCAUUGCCGGUGGCUUCCAGGCCCAGUGGAAGCAGCCGCACGUCAUUGCCCCCCUCGUCGUCGGUGUCGUUUGCGUGCCGUUCUUCGUCUGGUGGGAGCUCAAGGCUCCUCACCCCCUGGUUCCCUUCACUCUCAUGAAGGACCGUGCUGUCUGGGCGCCCAUGGGUAUCGCGAUCCUGCUCAACUUCGCCUGGGGCAUGCAGGCCGACUUCCUCUACACCGUCCUGCAGGUCGCCUUUGGUUUCUCCGUCAAAGCUGCCACUCGCAUCACCUCGCUUUACUCCUUCACCAGCGUCAUUACCGGCGUCAUCCUUGGCAUGAUCGUCUACAAGGUCCGCCGCCUCAAGGUUUUCGUCGUUGCCGGUACUUGCCUCUUCAUGGUUGCCUUUGGCCUUCUCAUCCACUACCGCGGAUCUCCGUCUGGAGCUAGCAAGGCUGGCAUCAUCGGCGCCCAGGUCCUCCUCGGCUUCGCCGGUGGUUUGUUCCCUUACACGGCGCAGGCCUCGCUGCAGGUCGGUCUCAAGCACGAGAACCUGGCCGUCAUGACCGGCAUCUACCUUGCCGUUUACAACGUGGGCUCUGCCCUCGGCAACACCGUGUCUGGUGCCAUGUGGUCGCAGCUGCUGCCUUCCAAGCUGGAGGAGACUCUUAGCCCCAUCAACGCGACGCUGGCGCCCCUUGCGUACGCUGAUCCUUUCGGCAACGUCAUCGCCCUCUAUCCCCUCGGCACGCCGGAGCGCGACGCCGUCGGCCACGCGUAUCAGUACAUCCAGCGCCUCCUGUGCAUCACUGGCAUUUGCCUCUGCGUGCCGCUCAUCGGCUUCUCUCUCGCGCUGCGCAACCCGAGACUCACCGGUGCCCAGACGUUGGCCAAGGAGAUCUCAGACACGGAGUCGGAGCACGAGGCGGGCACGCAGCGCGUGUAG